ACCUGAAUACGAGUCACGUGACAAUAUGAUUUUCGAUAUUAGCGUGUGAAAUUCAUAACAAUUUUUAUGUUUUAGUGAUUUUCUACAUACAAAUCGUAACAAUGGGGCGGAGAUCCAUAAAUACCACUAAGAGUGGGAAGUACAUGAACCCAACAGACCAAGCAAGAAAAGAAGCUAGAAAAAGAGAACUGAAAAAGAAUAAGAAACAGCGAAUGAUGGUUCGUCAGGCUGUUCUGAAGGGGAAAGAUCCACUAAGUCUGCUUGUUGAGAUGGAAAAUGUGGACAAAAUGGAAUAUGACCCAAUGAAAGCACCUUCCUUGAAUGAAAAAGUAUUAAAAGACAAGCGGAAAAAGCUGAAAGAAACAUUUCAAAGAGUAUAUUUCCUAUACGAAAAAGAAGAUCCAGAAUAUGCAAUAGAGUUGAAAAAGGCUGAGGAAGAAUAUGAGAGCAAAAGAUCUAAAAUGCAAAUAUUUUAUGAUCAAGUAAAGAAUGCAGAAAGUGUACAAAUAGACCAAAUCCCCCUUCCUGAUUUACCAGAAAUGAAUAAUGCCGUCCCCUCCUCAAUACCAUUGCCUAGUGAGAUCCCUAGACCCCCCGACAAACCAAUCAUUGGAAUCCUGAAGAAAACAUCUGCAUACACUAGUGAAAAACAAGCUCCGGUCCAAAUAUUUACAACAGUUGAACUUUUACGAAAAAAGAACCCCCCAGGACCUCCACCAGAGCCACCUAUUGAUCUUUCUGAGAGUGAACCUGAAAGUGAAGAAGAAUACGAUGCUGCAGAAAAACAUAUAUUAGAAGAUGCAGCUCCCCCUAGUGAACGUAAAGAGGAACCAAUGUCGGAUGAUGAAGAAGAUGAACCUAAAGCCAAGUCGCGUAAAAUCCGCUUCAACGUUGAUUCCGACUCUGAUGAUGACAAUAAGGAGAAGGGCCCUGCAAUGAAGCCUGCAGUUUCAUCUUUACAAGUGAUGAUGUUGAAGAUGGCUGGUCAGGUUGUGCCCAUGGUCCCAGUGGAGGAGGACAAGCCUGUAAAACCACCAUCAAAACCAGAAAGAAAGAGGACAAGAUUCCAAGAUGUGGAGAGUGACUCCAACAGCUCAGACAAUGAGGAUGAAACAGAAAAAGAGGAGAAGAAAUCUAUGAAAAAGCCAUCAGAUGAGGGCACUAAAUCAAUACCUGUCCCACCUGGUGCUCCCCCUGGCCCACCCCCAGGACUACCCUCAGGUCUGCCUCCUGGGAUUCCUCCUCCAAUGUUCAGACCCCCUCCCCUACGUGGACCCCCAGGUGUGCCUCCAAGGAUGUUGCCCCCAGGCCCACCCCCAGGACGUCCCCCUGGUAUGCCUCCAGGUCCACCGCCUGGCCUGCCUCCCAAUAUACGAGGAAUGCCUCCACGGAUGCCCCCAGGCCCUCCACCAGGUAUGCCUCCACCCAGGAUGAUGAGACCCCCAGGGGCACCUCCCCCAGGAAUGCGACCGCCACCCCUUGGACCACCUGGAGGCCCUCCUGGUCUGGCUUCAAAUCCAAAUGUUCUCAGUGCACCCCCAAGUAUCUUGAAGCUCCCCCAGAAAGUUCCAGUCACAGAGAAGCGCGAGACAGGUGCCACUAUCGAGGCUAAGCCACAGAUCAAGAAUCCUAUUGGUGAUGUUACAAGAUUCAUGCCAACGUCCUUGCGUGUGAAACGUUCAACGAAAGACCAGAAAGGCAAAGCUAAUAAACUACCUGAUGAACAGUUAUCUCUGGGCCCAUCUCCAUCAGUACAGCCAGUCAAUGAUUUAAGAUGUGGUAUUGGAUACGUUACAAGUCACACUGCGAUAUCGAUGUUUUUCCAGGAGAUGAAAUAAUGGACAAGCAAGAGACUCGACUUACUUUAUAAACAAUUUAAAAGCAUCUUCAGGUGAUCUUACAAAAGUUCCACAGUAGGAGAAUUUGUCCCGUGAUUCUUUGGGCACCUGUUGCUGCAACAUCCAUAGCCAGCAGUAAUGUGAUUGGUUGAUACAGACAAUUUAGUUAAUAACUGGUCAUCUACAAAGAACUACUUUCUUUUAAACAUAAUAAAGCCUUAUGGAGUUUGCAGGAUGUAUACUGUCUGUCUAUCGUUUUAUUUCUUCUAAUAUUUCUGCCAUGUCAGUAACGCUAUAUUUGUACGAUGUACAUGCCUAGACAUGCUCGUAUGGAGUAGUUACGGAAUAUUACAUAUAUUCUCAAGUUAAAAUUGAAUGGAAUGGAAACAAAAAUGUGUAAUAUGGAGAUUUAUGUAUAAAAAAUAUGUAGUGUAUUUUGUGACUUAUAUAAGAAUUCAUAAGAGGGAGUCUUAAGGUCAAGAAAAUAGGAGUCCAAGCACAAAUGGCAUCCACGCGUGAUUAUGCUCUUGUAAAUACCACCCUCGCUCAAAGUUUUAUGAUUUGAUUUUAUGAAAAUAUAUGAUACAUAAAACUGGUGGAAAUAUGGUUGUGAC